GAGCCAGAGAUAAGGAAGAGACCAACAAGAAGGAGCUAUAUGAGAGCAACAAGCAUUUCCUGGGGCCCUACAACCCUGUGAGCCCGUGCCAGAACAUCCUGCGGGAAUUUGGAGACUUCCUGGGACCCCAGCAGAUAAAGGACCUGUUGCUGGCAGCCCUGGAAGGGUUGAAAGGCAGCUCAGAGGCUCCAGGGAAGGACUCCAGGGAGAUGAUGCAGCUGGCCUCGGAGGUCACGCUUAGCUCGGUGCUAGAGUGGUACCGCCACAGGGCACUGGAGGUGGUAAGGCCUCCUGGGGGCAGGGACUGAGCUGUCACUGGGGCUUGGGAGCCCCCUGCCAUGGCCUGCUCAUCACUGGCCUACCUGACAGUGGGCAGGGUGGGGAAUACCUGAGCCCCCUAAGCUAUGGGGCAGGGAAGGGGUGCUGGUGGCUGAGUUCUAGGUGCUCCCACCUUGAAGAUUUUCUCUUACCAGCC